CUCAUGUGAAAUAUUUAAAUACUUAAAUACUUAAACCAGUGUGAAACCGGCAUAUUGUGUGUAGCACAACAGAUGUCUAUUCCAUUAUUCAGAUUAAAAAUCGCUGUGUCCAUCUUGCUUGACUACGAGGAAAGACCGUUACACAUGUUACCGUUUGACAGGCAGAGCACGUGACAGGCCCUGAAUAGGAAUAGGAAGACGGCGAGUGGCCACCCACACCCACAACCGUACCAUACACGGUAUCCGGAGAUCAAAGGGUUUCACAGAAUCUACACAUUCGGAAAUUCAAACCCGUAUGUUUAGCUUAACUGGAGAACGCUGUCACCACUAGACUACCCGUUAAAACCAUUGUGCCUGAGAUGGAGACGUCCUUGACCCGGCAAAAAUAUAGCUGUAUCUUCCCUGUUGGAUCUAGUAGCAGGAAAUACAUACAGCAACAGUGACCACGAUCUCAGUGAUGGCGGACACUUCAGACGACAGUUACCUGACAGUGGAACAUCUCCAACCACAGAGAGAAACACCGCCGAUUCCAAGGAGCUUCUGUUCUGCCAAACGGGUCAUCUUUACGACUGUUCUUGUUCUGUCGUUAUCUGCCAAUGCGGCUUUUCUAUUCUAUUUGUACCGUCACCACUUCAAGGACGCCACCAGAGACGAUCAGCCAGUGCAGGUGUCACAAUCGGAAGUUCAUGGAAGCACGUUCUGCACGGACUGCACGGACAUUGGAGUACAUCCGGGCAUGCGAAACAUUUCUGACCUUGAGGAUCUAUUGGUGCAAAUCACUCCCAACUCGUCUUAUCUGUGCUGUCUGAAGAAUGUCCAGGGUCGACAGAUGCUCCUGGAUCUCUUCACUGACCAAUCCAACAACGCAUUCAAAUCCCAACAACCGGGCGCCGGUUUAGUGUUCACUCGUAAGUCCGGAGCCCAUCUGUAUCUGAACUCGGACGCAUCGAAAAAGAGUGGAUCGCUGGAAUGGACUGAUGAAACCCACUGUUCCGCCAACACAAAUGACAGCGUCAUCUACGACAACAAGACACUCCAAAUCAAACGACGCGGCACCUACCGUAUCUACUCCCUCCUCACACUGAAAUCCCAACACUGGCACCGACAACCUGACAACGUCGUACAUGUUAUGAAGAGGAGCAACACAAACCUGCCCAACCUGGGUAGCAUAUACAUCAUCAUGGCCAAGAAGACAUUACCGGAAGUCAGCGGGAGGUUCGUCACGAGUUAUCUGUCCGCGACUGUCAGACUGAGGCAAGGUGAUCACGUGUCUGUAACUGUGAGCAACAUGUCAUAUGUCUACCGGUUUCCGUCAUCUAAUUUCUUUGGUUUGUACUACGUUGGGGAGUGAUCGAAAGCAGUAACAUAUUUCUGUAAAAUCUGUCAACUUUUGCAGGAGAAUCAUAUCAUGUACUUAUAAUGUAGGUUUUAGCUGUUUUAUUGUAACAUAUGAAAAGCAGGUGGUAUACGUCGACAUGCACGAACCGGAUUCCAUGAGAUCCCAAAACACCGGGUUGAGGAAGACCUUUCGAAACCGGAUUUUCAUGGGUAAAAAUUACAUGAGUAUGAUAACUGUACAUCACAUAACGGUACAUUCUGUAACUUACAAUGCCUUCGUAAAAAAUCAAGGGAGUGUCGACCUAAGAAGUUUGGAUACAAUUAUAUGUGUCAACUACAGUCCGUUUGGUUUUACUUGAGGCCGAUGAAUUGCUCACUAACACAAAAUCUAAUGAAUGCAACAAAACCAAAUAUUGCACAGUCACAUGGAAUCGAGAGACCAACUCUGAUAAUUUGUCCCAUAAUUUUGGACACCCGAAUAAAAAUGUUGUUUAACAAACCAUCAUUAUUUUGCUGUCACUUUUCGCUAUUGUUUACGAGGGGGAUCACUUGGGGUGGAACAACAAGCGCGUGUAGUGAAAUUUAAGUUUCACACUUGUUUCUCGCAUAUUUGAGACAAAUCACCAGAGUUGGUCUGUCGAUUUAACGUGACUGUGCAAAAUUUGGUUUUGUUGCAAUUAUUAGAUUUUGUGUUAGUGAGCAAUUCAUCGGUCUCAAAUGAAAUCAAAGGACUGUAGGUCACCGAUCGGGACCAUCCGAUCCGGUCAGUCGUGUCUUACUACAAGACCAGUCCAAUCUCGGAUCACAUAUCUCCACCAGCGUGAACAGUAUUGGCUCAGUGAAGGAACACGCACACGUGAAAUGAACCCAUGUCCCGGUACUGCCUCUAACCACCAGCGUUGGUUCCUGAAGAUCAAUUCUAACCCUAAAUUCACAACAUUGUCUCUUUGAAUCACAACCAUGUAAGAUGAGUUCCCAUGUGACGAUUCUAAUGCCUGCUUAUCGCAAUUGGUGCAACUUUUGCAUAAAGACACAUCUUGUUUGUU